AUGGCAACAGCUGCGCGACUACCACUACCACUACCGGCAACGACCAGCCGAGCAGCGAUCUGCGCACAGUGCCGCAAGGCGACGUUGAACCCGUUCAAACGAAGACGAUUUGCAUCCAGCAUCUCCUCGGCGCCGGAGAUCUACGAUGUCGUGACAGUCGGUGGCGGGCCGGCGGGACUGGCGCUCCUCGCCGCCCUGAAAUCCUCGCCCAUCACGUCACAUCUCAAGACGGCAUUGAUCGAGACCCAGGACCUUGGGCGGCUGCGACAAUGGAGCUCUCCAGACGACCAGUUCUCCAACCGGGCCAGCAGCUUGACGCCGUCGUCGGUCUCGUUUCUCGAGAAGACCGGGGCGUGGCGGCACGUCAGCCAAAGCCGGGUGCAGGCGUACGACGAGAUGCAAGUCUGGGACGCGGCCAACGACGCAACGCUCCAGUUCGACUGGGCCGCCGACUCGCAGCGCCACAACGCCCCGCCGCAGACGGUGGCGACCAUGACCGAGAACACCAAUCUGACCCGCGGUCUGCUCGAGCGCAUCACCGAGCUCGGCGCCGACUCAGCCCUCUUCUCCAGCACGAACGUGUCGAGCAUCACGAUGGGCAAAGACGAUGCCAAUGCCGAUGGUGAUGGGCUCAAUCUGUCCAUGUGGCCGGUGCUUGGUCUGGAAUCGAAAUCCCAAUCCCAAUCCCAAUCCGCCGGCUCAGAUGUGUCCACCACCAUUGCAGCCCGUCUCCUCGUCGGCGCAGACGGCUUCAAUUCGCCAGUGCGCAGGUUCGCGGGCAUCGAGUCGCACGGAUGGGACUACCAUCGGCACGGCGUCGUGGCGACUCUGACCGUGCAGUCUGUCCCGGACACCCGCCAUGGUGGUAGUUAUAGUGAUGGCGAUGGCGGCUUCGACCUCUUCUCCGACGAGCCGCUGCCCAACCGUGCCACGGCCUACCAGCGGUUCCUACCCCAGCUGGGCGGGCCGAUCGCGAUCCUGCCACUGCCCAACAACCGGGCGUCGCUCGUGUGGUCGACGACGCCUCAGCACGCGACGUACCUCAAGUCUCUGUCUCCGUUGGGCCAGGUGUCGAUGAUCAACGCGGCAUUGCGUCUGUCCCAGACCGACCUGAACUACAUGUUCACGCUCCCGGCGUCGGCGCCUGACACGCUCGACUCCGAACUCCGCUGGCGUCUGCAGCACACAUCGCCACCCCCGGUGGCAAGGCAGCCGCCGAUCGUCACGGGCGUGCAGGAAGGGUCGCUGGCCUCGUUUCCCUUGCGCUUCCGCCACGCCACCACCCUGGUGAGCCCGCGGGUCGCGCUGAUCGGCGAUGCCGCACACACCGUCCACCCGCUCGCCGGCCAGGGCCUGAACCUGGGUCUAGCGGAUGCCGAGUCUCUUGCUUCCACCAUCGCCUAUGCUGUCACACAUGGCAUGGACCUCGGUGACCCGAUGGUCCUGGAACGAUAUGGGAGUGACCGCUUUGGGAAGGGCCUCCUGAUGGCUGGUGGAGUGGAUGCCCUGAAUUGGCUGUAUCAGCUGGGCAGUGGCGGUGAUGGCGUCCUGGCAAGCUUCCUGGGCCGUGCGAGGCGACUCGGCAUGAAAGUUGUGGAUGGAGGCUUGGUACCGGGGCUGAAGGGCUUGGUUAUGAAGCAAGCUGGCUGA